AACCAUAUUUCACCUACGUCUCCGUGAUCCUUGAAAUUAUCGAGUUCUUCGGUGUACACCUUUUCCCAACUGCAAGCAGAAAAUUUAAGAGAUGAACGUUAAAGUUUCUCCUCGUUUCUCCUUUACGCACAAAUUCGAUCGCAAAGACGACAGAGUAUAUCGCCUGAACGACAACGGCAAUAACAGUAGCGAUAACGUUGGUGGUAAAGACAGGAAGAAGAAAAAGAAGAAGAGUAACGAUAAUAAAGAGAAGAAGGAGAAGAGAGGAGAGGGUUGUCGUCGUCGUCGUCGUCUUCCUCGUCGUCUAACAGAGCGUUCGAGAUAUCGAGCGUGAGCGCCGGCGUGGCGCUGCUCGCGACGGCGCCUAUAUAAAUGUACGAUGUCGGCGGGCGCGCUCAGUACGUGUCAUGCUUUGCCAGUGGGAGCGUCGUCUGUGAUGGCGGCCCGUGUGCGGUUGAAGAUGCAAUGCGGCACCGUAUCAUUGCCGCUCGUUGUUUUCAUCGUUGUGUGCGGUGUGGAUCUUGUGUGUGGAAUGUUCGAGCAUCGUCAUUGCAGUCAUCAACACCCGCGUGCUCACGAGGUGAUACACGGUGUCCACAUUGAGCCGGCACACGAAGUGAAAAAGCGUAGCAUAAGUCAGCCACUUCGCAUUCUCCUUUCUUACGACGAGAGCGUUUUUAGAUUGGACGACGAGAAGUUGGAUCUUAUAAACAACACAAUCCUGCCAGAAGCCGUGCACUUUUGGGAGAGAGCACUUAUGGUGCGAGAAACGAAGAAUACCAUCAGACUGAACAGGAAAUGCGAGAGUAGUCAGGUCUUCGUACAAGAUCAUCACACUCACUGCAUAGAUACUUGCCGUUCAACGACCAUGUGCGGAGAGGUGGUCGUCCCAGAGGACCAUCUUGACGUGUGCAGAAUUUGCAACGCAGUGGGUCACAAUUGUCAGGUGGCGGAAGGAAGUAAAGCCGGUCCCGGAAUCGACGGCGCGGACUUCGUAUUUUAUGUGUCCGCUAUGCAGACCGAGAGAUGUCACAAGGGAUUGACGGUCGCUUAUGCUGCUCACUGUCAACAGGAAGCUGCAUUGGAUCGACCUAUCGCAGGACACGCAAAUCUUUGCCCAGGCAGUAUCAGUACGAAGCCUCAGGAACUUGAAACAUUGUUGAGCACCGUCAAACACGAAAUUCUUCACGCUUUGGGCUUCUCCGUCAGUCUUUACGCCUUUUACAGGGAUGAAAACGGUGAGCCAAGAACACCGAGAAGAAGUGACACCGGGAAGCCUCCGUUGAACGAAAAAUUGCAAACGCAUCAGUGGAGCGAGAGUACGAUCAAGACCGUAACGAGGCCAUAUUGGCAAGUGCACGGUGGUUACGUCGAGAGGUCGAUGCAAAUGAUCGUAACGCCACGAGUUCGUGCCGAAGUUCAAGCACAUUUCAAUUGCCCGAACUUGGAGGGUGCAGAACUCGAAGACCAGGGUGAGGAUGGGACGGCCUUGACGCAUUGGGAAAAGCGGGUCUUCGAGAACGAAGCUAUGACUGGUACGCACACUCAAAAUCCAGUUUAUUCGAGGAUUACGCUUGCCUUGAUGGAGGACACCGGUUGGUACAGUGCGAAUUAUUCGAUGGCGCAAGAACUCGGCUGGGGAAGGCGCUUAGGUUGCGAUUUUGCUAUGAAAUCCUGCAAGGAAUGGAUAUCCUCGAAAUCAUCACGUUUAUCGGGAAAAUCGAUUCAUCCAUUCUGCAAUAAAGUGAAGCAAGAUCCAUUGCAAACCGAGUGUACAGAUGAUCGAAGUUCCGUAGCUUUGUGCAAUUUGGUAAAACAUCCUCAACCGUUACCAAAAAAAUAUCAGAAUUUCGAUUCGAUUCCACACGUACCACCUGGAGAAGAACAAUACUAUGGUGGUUCAGUAUCCCUGGCAGAUUAUUGUCCUUAUAUCCAAGAGUUUACGUGGCGAGCUCGAAACAUUGUCGUCAGAGGAUCUCAUUGUCUUUACGAUGAUAACAAUCCACAUCCAGAAAAAAAUUUCGCUCUUGAGAAAUACGGAUCACACUCGAGAUGCUUCGAUCAUACCAAUCAAAUGUGGGAAGAGAGAACGUGCAAAUUGGCACGUCAAUGGCAACAUUGGGGCUCUGGUUGCUAUCAAUACAAAUGCGAGACGGGCCGUCUGCAUAUUAUGGUGGCAAACUAUACUUAUACCUGCUAUCAUGCCGGACAAGAAAUAGCAAUCAGAAUAAUUCAAAAUGGUUGGCUACAUAAAGGAGCUUUAAUAUGUCCACCCUGUAAAGAUAUAUGUCAAGCCGAAUUAAAAGCUCGAGGCGAAUGGUGUAAACCUGGCGAUGAACAUCCACCAGCAACUUAUUAUCACAGAGACAAUCUUUACUGCUCAUCAGCAAAAAAUUUCGGCCUAAACUUAGCAAUUAUUCUUUUAAUCGCGUAUCUCUCUUUCGUCGUUAGAUGAUAUGACGUCGUCGAAUCUAGUACGUUUUUUUUACGAUCAUCUGACUCGAUAAGACGGCAAUAUAUUAAUGAUCGUUCAUCAUCGUAGUUGCGUUAUGCGUUUAGGAAUCACGAUGUUUUAUACAGAAGGUAUACAUAUACAUACAUAACGCACAUAAACACAAACACACAAAUACACACACACACACACAAAUACACACAAAACAUCGAACGUCGAAAAUAUUCGUUGCAUUCCUUAAGCUUCGAAAAACUUCGACCCGAUAAAAAAUACAUUCUUCUAAGCUAAUACCUUAGCUCUCAAGCAUACGGGUAAAUUCUAUUUCAGUCUAAAUCGUUUCUUUAAUAUUCCGUUUCGAUAUAUUAAAACAUAAAAAGCUAAAAGAUUUUCGUUUAGAAAUACGCGAAACAUUUCUAAUUCUUUAAUACAGUCUUAGAAAUGACUCGUUUUGAUUGAUUUUAUUGUUACUAGUUUCUUUUUUUUUUUUUCUUCUUUUUUUUUUCUUCUUUUAGACUGAAGGAUUACAAUGAAAUCCUUAUAGUGUUAUUUUUGUGCGAAGAAUAUGUAUAUAUAUAUAUUAUAUAUUAUAUAUAUAUAUUAAAUAUUAUAUAUAUAUUAUAUAUUAUAUAUUAUAUAUAUAUAUAUAUAUAUAUAUAUAUAUAUAUAUAUUAUAUAUUAUUAAGGAAUCGGAUAUAUUCUUAAACAUUUUACAACGCGAAUGAAUAACGUCGUGAAAUGAAUCUAACAUUCUAUACAUCAUAAACUUAUUAACAUUCCCGUAAAAUUUUUAAGAGCGAAGUGAGAUGAUGCAUUUAUGUAUAUGUAUGUACCUCCAUCUUCGUUGUACAAUGAUUAUUUUUAUUUUUUUUUAUCUUUUUUUUUUUUUUUUUUUUUUUUUCCUUUUUACGCUUAACAUACAAACUUGUAAGUGAGAAACAAUGAGUCAUAUCGAAGUGUUUUUUAAAAGACAUGUAGAAGGGAGAAGGAUAAAACGGCAAAGACACGUGUGUCCAAACGUUCGUACAUAUUUAUAUAUGUACGACGAAUUUUAAGGAAUCACACAGGGUCGUUGGUUCGACAAUAUUAUAUAAAGUCAACAUCCUAAACUUCUACGCGAAUUAAUGGAUAAGGUGUAAAUAAUUUUACGAAAACAAAAAAAGAAAAAGAAAAAAAGAAAUUUAUAUAUAUAUACAUAUAUGUAUAUGUAUAUAUAAUAAAGAUGAAUUUUUAUGCGUAUAGAAGAGAGAAGGCUUGCGUAUGAAAAACCAAAAAAAAAAAAAAAAAGAAAAAAAAAAGAAGAAAAAAUAAAAGAAAAAAGAAGAGAAGAAAAGUGACGAAAAGAAAAGAAAAAAGGGAACGAUUAAAAUGAUCGUAAUUAAUUAUCAUGAAUGUAUUAAUAAACCUAGACGUUUCACUUUCGUUUUUAUUCUAAACACGUAGAGACUAAUAAUAAUAAUAAUAAUAAUAAUAAUAAUAAUAAUAAUAUAAUAAUAAUAAUAAUAUAAUAAUAAUAAUAAUAAUAAUAAUUAAUAAUAAUAAUAAUAAUAAUAAUAAUAAUAAUAAUAAUAAUAAUCGUCUUAGACGAUCGUACGUAUUCUAAUCGCUUCGAGAGGAUUACGCUUUUGCGUUUCGCCCUUAAACAGAUUGAUAAUUUGCAUCGAAGCAUCUUCUCUCGAUACAUUCCAAGGGAGAAAAAAAGAAAAAAAAAAAAAAAGAAAAGUAAAAAAGAAAUGAAAAGAAAAGAAAAUGAAAAGGAAAGAAGAAGAAAAUGGAAAAAAGAAAGAAAAGAAAGGAAGAAGUAAAAACGUAUAAUUCAAUUAAUUAAUAUUCCGAUUAGAUAAACACGAUCGGAAGUAAUAAUGAAUUUUAUAUUAUACCGAGAGACAGACGUUAAUGCGUACGUAGUUCGACGAACGUCAGCCUGUCUUGUAUAGAUACAAAAAGACACUUAAUCUAUACUUUUGUACAGAUAUUAUUAAUGUUUAAUAAGUAGUUUUACUCUCUGUAUUAAAAACUUCAAAGCGAAUGUGAGCGUUUUAAUGCGAGUACGUAUGUGUGAAAGUACGUUUGUGUACGUGUGCGUGUGUGCGUGAGUGUGUAUAAGCGCGCACUUUAAAACAAAAAUACGUUUCAAAUCUUUUGAAUGUGUACCAUGGAAUCUAUCUUGAUUUCGGCCAUCGUCCUGUAGGAUUUCUAUUCGAUAAAAAAAAAAAGAAAAAAGAAAAAAAAAAAAGAAGAAGAAAAUAAAAUAAAAUAAAAUAAAAUAAAAGAAAAAAAAAAAAGAGCGAAAAUAAAAUCUUAUACGUUUGACAUAUAAUAAUCGAUUCGAAUUGCCGAAAAUCCUCGCGUAUCUUGAAGAGAAGAGAUUUCUAAAUAAUCUUCUUCCACAUCGCGCUUUUAUAAAUGAAACGCAUACAUUCAAUUCUUAUAUAGUUUAUUACGCGCUAUAAAUCCAUUCUCUGAUUAUUUGAAAUUAUUGAAUUAAAAAAACAAAAGGUAGAACAAGAAACUAAUUUGUAAUCGUCAUCAACGAUAAAAAUUUUUUUAU